AUGGAAGUAAAAAAAAUAAUGUAUAUAUAUAUCGACGAGUAUCCUUAUCUCAGAUUUAGUAGGAUUAAAAUGACAUGUGUUGAUAAAGGGCAGUUUCGUUCUCAGUCAUUUGUGAUUGGCUCAGCACGACGCGACUGCACUCAUCAUGGUUUAUAUUCAGGGUUUCUUCAGAAGAUCCAUCCAGCAGAAGAUACAGUACAGACCCUGCACGAAGAACCAGCAGUGUUCCAUCCUUAG